CUCAGUUGAAAAUUGUUUGUCAAGUCGUACAGACGUUUAGAAAUCGCGCAGUUUUUUUGCUUUUAAUUCAACAUCUGUUAUGGGUCAUAAUAACAGCAAGUCAAAGCAUAGCUAUAAUGUGGAACCUGCCACGCAGAAGCCACAGGCACAGCCCCAGUCCCAGCCGCAGCCCAGCACCGAGCCAGUGGACGACGCCAAAUCAAAGAUCAAGUUAUCCCCCGCACCGGCCGCGGCCACCCCACCAGUCGUUAUCAAUUCCACGCCAGCGCCCGAAUGGAUUAAUGAAGCGCAAUUUGUGGAAAUACUCAAACAAACUGUGCCGCAGUUCUCAAAAAUUCAAAGCUUCAGCGUAAAGCCCGCCAUGGGCGCUGGCGAGAACUAUGCGACGCUCAUGCUGAGAGUGAGCAUUGAGGCAGAGCUGACAGACAAAACCGUCAAGCCCAUUUCUUAUAUGAUGAAAGUGCCCCACGACUCGUCUCAAAUGCAAGAAAUGUUGCAAAUGGCAAACUUCUUCGAUAUUGAAAACGAGUGUUACAUUGAUCUGAUACCCAAAUUUGAGCAGUUGUACAAGUCCAAAGGCUUGGACAUAACCUUUGGGCCGCGCGCCUAUAGAUUCGAAGAGAGCCAGAAAACGGAGCCCAAACUGAAGAGUACGGUGCUUAUGUACGAUUUGGGUCAGGAUGGUUAUAGAAAUGUGAAUCGCCUGGAAUGCCUCGAUUUUGAACAGGCCAAGGUGGUGCUCUGCAAGCUGGCGCAAUAUCAUGCCGCAAGUGCCGCUUACAAGAGCUUGCAUGGACCCUACUCAGAUACCAUAAUGUAUGGCAUGUUUGGCUCGAAUCCAGAAAAGGCUAUGGCUGUGAUGGACGCUAUGAUGAUACCCACACAGAAAAUGUUCGUGGAGAAUCUAAAGAACUAUGACAACUGCGAGCAAUAUCGCGACAAGCUGGAAAAAUAUUUCUCUAAAAUGCACGACAUGUUCAUAGCUCUGGGCCAGGCCAAUCCUAACGAAUUCAAUGUCAUCAAUCAUGGUGAUUGUUGGGUCAACAAUUUCCUCUUUAAAUUCGAUCCAAGUGGGCAGCUGCUCGAUAUGCUUUUUGUGGAUUUCCAGAAUCCCAGAUACGGUCAUCCUUCCGCAGAUGUGCUCUACUUUAUUAUGACAUCUGUGCACAUAGAUUACAAACUGAAGGAUUUCGACUAUUUUAUCAAAUACUAUCACGAUCAGUUGAUCAAACACCUUCAGCUGCUGGAGUACAAGGAACGUUUGCCCAAAUUGGUGGAGCUGCAAAUGGAGAUGUACAAAUACGGCAGCUGGGCACUAAUGGCCAGCUAUCUGGUGCUGCCCGUGGUGCUGCUGGAUCCCACGGAAACGGCCACGUUUGAGAACUUCUUGGGCACCGGCGAAUCGGCGGCCGACUUCAAGAAGCAAAUGUACACGAAUAAACGCUUCAAGCACUACAUCGAACAGAUGCUGCCCUGGCUGGAUAACCGUGGCCUAUUGGAGGUUUAUGAACCACCGCAAGCUGUGCAGGCCCCAGCUGUGCCCUUAACAAUUGCAACGCCUGCGAAAGCCGAGCUCGACUCUAAUGUGCCCGCCUGGGUAAACAGCGACCAAUUCAAGCAACUGCUCAAGCGCAAUCAUUCCGAUUUCAAGGAAAUUCUUGAUUUUCGUGUCAAAAAGGCCACCGAAGCCGGUGACAAUUAUUCCUCAAUUAUGCUCUCCGUGGAUAUUGAAUACCAAGCCGUAAAUGGUCAAAGUUCUAGUGCGUCCUUUAUGCUUAAAGUGCCGCCAGCCAGUAGUGCAUCAGCCGUAAUGCUUGAUUUUAUGCUCACCUUCAAGAAGGAGAUGACCAUGUAUAAUGAUGUCAUACCACAGCUGGAGCAGCUUUACCAGCAGGCUGGUCAGCCCGUUGUCUUUGCCCCCAAGAGCUACAAACUACAAAAUGCACCCGAGUCUGAUCACAUUCUGUUGCAGAAUCUGCGUCCAGCAGGCUUCAAGAAUGCGGAUCGCCUACAGGGACUGAACAUAAAAGAAACGGAGAAGGUCCUGGCCAAAUUGGCGCUGUUGCAUGCCGCAUCCGCACAGCUCUAUGUGACCAAGGGCCCCUAUGCGGAUUGCCUGGACAAGUCGCUGUAUAAUGAGUCGACACGCCCAUUCUUUGAGAACCCGCAAAGUAAAAGCUUUGUGGCUUUUAAUACAGAGGCAGUGAGAAGCUUUAAGGGCAGCGAGCUCUUUGGCGAUAAAGUGACCAAGAUCCUGGAGAACAUGUUCCAUUGGGAAGCCAAGGCAGGCAUCUACGAUGAUACCCAAUUUAAUUGCCUCAAUCAUGGCGAUUGCUGGACAAAUAAUGUGAUGUUUAAGUAUGAUGCACAGGGCGAAAUUGUGGACACGCUCUUUGUGGACUUUCAGCGGUCGACCUUUAAUUCGCCCGCCCUGGAUUUGUAUUACUUUCUAUUGUCGUCGCCCAGUUUUGAUAUAAAACUCGAGAAAUUCGACUACUUUGUGCGCUACUAUCAUACGGAAUUGCAGCGCAAUUUGGAACUCUUAAAGUAUCCCCGACACAUACCCAGCCUCAAGGAGCUGCACACCAUUCUGCUAAAGAAUCCCCUGUGGGCCCCGAUUACGGUUGCGACUGUCAUGUCGGCUGUGCUGCUCGAUCCCACCGCCAAUGCGAGCAUUGACACCAUGUUGGCCAACGAUGAGGAGGGAAAACAGUUUAAGAAGAAGCUCUUCCAAAACGACAGGUAUCGCCAACAUGCUGAGGCCCUAUAUCCCUGGCUAAAUCACAGAGGACUCCUGGAUUUAGACGAUGGCGAUACAAAAUCCAAAGAUGACUUGGAUUUAGAUUGGUUGAAUUUUCAACAUUUUGCCAAGCUUAUUGGCGAGGAAGAGCCUCUGUUUGAGAAGAUUUUGGAAAGUGCUUCGAUUCCAGCAACCAAGCCUGGUGAUAAUUAUGGUGCCAAGCUGCUCAAAGUGGACAUUAAAGUGCAGCUUAAAGAUAACACCACAAAGAACUACGCCUAUAUGCUGAAAAUAGAGCCUGACAUUAAGAUGGAUGAGAACUCAGCAUUUAACAUGGUUCCCAAGGAGCAUGAAGUAUAUGAAAAGUACGUGCCUGCCUUUGAGCAGCUAUACCAGGAGGCGGGUCUAUCGAUCAGCUUCAGUCCCAGGACCUACAGAUUUAAUCAGUCAAUUGACAAAAACUAUUUGCUUAUGGAGAAUCUGCAGGCGUCCGGCUUUACAAUGGCGGAUCGCAUGCAGGGUCUGGACUUGGAGCACACCAAGUGUGCGCUGAAAAAGCUGGCCCAGUGGCAUGCCGCCUCGCUGCGGUAUAAGGAACUAAAUGGACCAUAUCCAGCUAGAUAUGAUGAUGGCAUGAUCUGCGAAAAGUCACGCGAGCUAUUUAAAACCAUAACAAAGUGCUGUGAAAAAGCUUUUCUAAAAACCGUGCGUGAUUUCAAGGGUGUCGAGGAAUAUGAGCACAAAUUGGAACCCCUGUUAAAGGCCUAUCUGGAUACCACCAUAAAAGAUGCCCAAAUUGAUGAGCAGGAAUUCAAUGUGCUAAACCAUGCUGAUAUAUGGACGAACAAUAUUAUGUUCAAGCAUGACCAGAACGGACAAGUGCAAGAGACCUAUCUGCUAGAUCAUCAGAACACCAAAUAUGGCAAUGUAGCACAGGAUCUAUACUUUUUCCUAAUGAGCUCACCACAGCUGGAGCUUAAGAUCGAGCAAUUCGACUAUCUAAUUCGUUGGUAUCAUGAGAAUUUAAUAGAAAAUGCCCAACUAUUAAAAUACACGGGCUUUGUGCCCGAUCUGAAGCAGCUGCACAGCAUAUUGCUCAAGCAUCCCAUAUAUGCUGCUGGCACUGUGAUCACAACUUUAACCAUUUGUCUGGCGAAACGUAAUGAGAAUUUAGCUUCCGACUUAUUUUUGGAAGAAAGUCCAGCUAGCGAUGCCUUAUACAAUCAACUAUAUAGCAAUGAGCUCUACAAGACCCAAGCUGAGCGUAUUUUGCCCUGGUUAAAUAGGCGAGGUCUAUUGGAUUUAGUUUAGCUCAACAGUCUAAAGGAAGUAACAUAUAAUUUAUUGACUUUGGCUCGAACAUGCGUAUAUAUAUAAUCUGAGUCUAACAACUAGGUUUAUAUAUCAUAAAAAUAAAAAAAGGUUGUAAAUGUA